UGGAACCGAUAUAUUAUAGACACAUAAAAAACCCCACCAUGUCGGUUGCCUUUGCUUCUGCUCGCCCAAGAGGCAAAGGGGAGGUCACCCAGCAAACUAUCCAGAAGAUGCUAGAUGAAAAUCACCACCUAAUACAAUGUAUUAUGGAUUAUCAGAGCAAGGGGAAAACUGCAGAAUGUACUCAAUACCAACAAAUCUUGCACAGAAACCUGGUUUACUUGGCAACAAUAGCAGAUUCUAACCAGAAUAUGCAGUCCUUGCUUCCUGCCCCACCAACGCAAAACAUAAACUUGGGCCCCGGAGGAAUGACUCAGAGUGCAUCCAACCAAUCUCUCCACUCCCAGAGCAAUCUCAGCGAUGCAAUUGGGACGGGCCUUCCGCCUUCCUCCCUCAUGCAGAGUCAGAUUAGCAAUGGUCCUAAUCACGUGUCUAUGCAGCAGUCAGGCCAGAACACUAUGCCCACGACCUCUCUGAGUAUGACUGUCAGCAGUCAUGGAACUGGGCCUGGUUAUAGCCAUACAGUGCCUGCAUCUCAGAAUGUGCCAAUGCAAGGCCAGGGGUCAAUAGGCAAUUAUGUCUCUCGAACAAACAUCAACAUGCAGUCUAAUCCAGUCUCCAUGAUGCACCAGCAAGCAGCAACGUCACACUACAACUCCGCGCAAGGAGGGAGCCAGCACUACCAGGGGCAGUCCUCCAUUGCCAUGAUGAGUCAGAGCAACCAGGGCAACAGCAUGAUGGGGCAGCGACCGAUGGGCCCUUACAGAGCUUCGCAGCAAGGUUCCUCGCAGCAGUACAUGGGUCAGGAGGAAUAUUACAGUGAACAGUACAGCCAUGGACAAGGCUCGUCAGAACCUAUGAAUCAGCAAUACUAUCCAGAUGGACACGGUGAUUAUGCCUAUCAGCAGUCAUCCUAUACUGAGCAGAGCUAUGACAGGUCAUUCGAUGACUCUACACAACACUAUUAUGAAGGAGGAAAUUCUCAGUACAGCCAGCAGCAGGCAGGAUACCAACAGGGAGCUGCACAACAGCAAACAUACUCCCAGCAGCAAUACCCAAAUCAACAAAGUUACCCGGGACAACAACAAGGAUACGGUCCGGCACAAGGAGCCUCUUCGCAGUAUUCCAGCUACCAACAGGGUCAGGGGCAGCAAUAUGGAAGUUACAGAGCUUCUCAGACAGGCCCCUCCGCUCAGCAACAGAGGCCUUACGGCUACGAGCAGGGACAAUAUGGAAAUUACCAGCAAUAA